AUGGCUUAUCACGAAUCAGCACCGCCGUCCAAAGGGGACGGCGAGAGUCUGCCAAACUAUACACCCGCCAGCCUUAGGAGUACGGGUUUCACGGCCUCGCGGUCACAGACAGCCUCAGCUAGCCCAGCCUAUGACUUGAGUGAGCCCGUCAUGCUGGGCAAUCGUGAAGGUCGAUUUUGGCUUGGCGCGAGCAAUUUGACCAACACAUUUCAUAACACAAGCCAACGGUUGCGGAGUCGGGAGCAAAACCCGGGAAGUUAUGCGUUCCCGGCAUCCAGUCUCCGAAGAAUAGGCAUAGGGUUUCAGUGUGAUUCCGGCCCUGGAAUUAUGUGGUACGGCUACAAGACUCAAGUUGUAGUUAGGCCAAUAGCCUGUGUAGGGUCAGCCUUGGUUUUUCUUACGCCCCAGGAUUGGCAAUACUGGAAAUAUUUCGUGGUAAGCGGGUAUGGGUACUGCUUGAGCAUCGGCCAGCCUUGGAAAUCAUCGAUAGUGGAAAAUGUCGUAAUUGACGCCGAGCCGUGUCCGCUUGCUCAACUAAUAUAUGUGUCAGGGAACCCGGUCUCCACGGCUCAAGUCAUUGUUAUCACGGAUGCAUCCGGUGCAUCUGUAGCGUCGACUACACGACAAUUGUCAAUUGUACCUAUAUAUACUUUGACAGAUUCGAUUGGAAUAGCUACCGCUACAUUCGAGCUGAUCACCUUGCAGAACGCGUACGGUACGCCAACGGCAACGCUCAAAGUUGAACUAGGAUCGAAUGGCAAUCCUAAGGCAACAGAAACGCUGGAUCAGAUAAUCCUGACAGAUAAAAAUGGUGCGGCCACCGCUACGGUCAUUUUUGAGCAGCUCACUUUGCAGGACGCGAAUGGUGUACCAACGGCAACAGUCAUACUUGAAUUGGACUCGACGGGAAAGCCUACUAAAACAGAAACCCUGGGGCGAGCUACAUUGAUAGAUAAACAGGGCGUGGCCACCGCGACUGUCGAUUAUGAACUGAUCACUCUUCGAGAUGCUCACGGUACCCCAACAGCCACUGUUGCCAUUGAUGUGGUCACGCUGAGAGACGUGAACGGCAGCCCUACGGCUACUGUCACUUCCACUAUCGGCGCCCUUCCCGGCCUUCCCGACGAGGUGGUGCUCACAGACUCCAAAGGGUUGCCGAUCGCUACAAUUGCAGCGACUGAUGGUCAUCUCACCUCUGACGGCGUAGCUGUAACGCCGCGCGAUUCCAAGGGCGUCGCUACCGUCACAGCGACGGGGUUCACUGUCUAUACAACAACCCUUUUCACUGUCCAGACUGAUGGACCCGAGAGUAGCCCUUACGGCUGGCGCAAAGAGAAUAUAACUCGAGACGACUACUUCCACCCAAUAACUCAAGCCGAGUACGUCGCGGGAUACUUUAUCCCAGUGAUUAUCAUCAACUCCGAUAUCAAAAUUCUCCUGCCUUUCAAUGCCCUCACGAGGCCUGGCGGUGCAGCAGCUAUCGACUCCAUCGUGCUUGACACAGGCGGAUUGAGAGGGAUCUUGAACAGCUGGAGAUCAAUUCAGCUCUUUCACGACCCGGUCCCAAUCCUAGGCAAUCUUUUGCUCGGGGCCUCCACUGCAAUCGUGGCUUUGUCCAGCGAGUCUUUUGGAGUCAAGCUCUAUGGCAACUGCAGCCCAACCAAUUUCAAUGGAUGCUUUCUUGGACUCACCCUGUUCUCUGGACCUAGUCGGGCGGUCCAGGCUCUGUUGGCUUUCAUGCUUAUUGACCUCGUUCUUCUCUGCGCGUAUCUCAGACGCUGGGUGUCAGGUGUCGCAGGGCCGCCAAGUAGCAUGGCCGUCCUAGGCUCGCUACUGCAGAGAAAAGCAACGAGGCGGAUAUUCCAAACCAUGAAAUUGGAAUCAGACAAUCACAAACAGUCACGGAAAACCCUGGACCGUGAGCUGGAGGAAUGGGUUUUUUCCAUUCGUCAUUUCUCUGGUGUGGAAAGAAAUGCCCAUUACGGCAUCAUAGCGCAGCGCUGUAAAUUCACGGAAACGCAUCUCGCCGCUCGCAUCGCGUUUCUGUUUGUCAUAUGUGGACUUCUUGCACUCAUCUUGUAUUACAAGUCCACUCGACUGGACACUGCAUUCGAAUUGUUCAUGGACAGCCAGAGCUUCGGCGUUAGGCUUAUAUACACGAUUCUCGGGUUGGUCAUUUCCUUCUUCUGGCAAUUUGAAUUUACAUGGAUCUCGAGGAUGGAACCAUAUAGGAGACUAUCGAAGCGACCACAGCUCGCAAAUGAUUCCAUCCUCAUGUGUCCUCUGACGAAUCCCUUCGUCGGCUUUUGGCAAGCAGCUCUGCGAGGAGAGGUGCUGACAGCACUGGUAGGGUUCACCAAUAUUCUCUCCAAAUUCACCCCUUUUCUCCUGUCCAACAUCCCCUUCAGCCCUGUCCAGACAUGGAUGCUACAUGUGGGAACCACUUGGACAGUUGUCGCUAUUCUAGCCUCUAUGAUCUUGGUGCUAUUGCUACAAAUUCUGACUAAAUACCCGGACCUGCCGGUGAAUCCUGGGAACGGGCUGGGCGAUUGUACUACAUCGCCGACUCAGAAGUGCUCGCCGAUCUGGAGGAUGCCUCUACAUUGA